UUUCGCACACACGAGGAGGAUUGAGCUGCUGUCGCUGCGGUCGCGAGUGCCCAGUCUGGACUGUAGCUGCCGCCCAAGACGCCGAGGAGUGAGUCGUUGGCCUCCGGCCCCUCUCUCUUACCGCCCUCGCUGGGUCAGCGCGGCCUGCUCCUCCCUGGUCGGCCGCCCCCGCCUCCAUUUCCCGCCCUCUCUUCACCACACACACGGCCCCCCCGAUCAUGGAUCCCGGCAGCGGCGGAGGCGGCGGAGGCGGCGGUGGCGGGAGCAGCAGCAGCAGCGACUCUGCGCCCGACUGCUGGGACCAGACGGAUAUGGAGGCCCCCGGGCCGGGGCCUUGCGGCGCCGGCUCCAUGGCGGCGGUGGCCGAGUCCCAGCGUGAGAACCUCAGCGCGGCCUUCAGCCGGCAACUCAACGUCAACGCCAAGCCCUUCGUCCCCAACGUCCACGCCGCAGAAUUCGUGCCGUCCUUCCUGCGGGGUCCGGCCCAGCCGCCGCCAUCCCUCGCUGGCGCGGCCGGCGGCGACCACGGAGCGAGUAGCAGCGCGGGAGGCCCUUCGGCACCUGUGGAGUCGUCUCAAGAACAGUCAUCAUUGUGUGAAGGUUCAAAUUCAGCUGUUAGCAUGGACCUUUCAGAAACUGUUGUAGAAAAUGGAGAGACAGAAAUGUCCCCAGAAGAAUCAUGGGAGCACAAAGAAGAAAUAAUUGAAGCAGAGCCAGGGGGUGGUUCCUCAGGAGAUGGAAGGCCACCAGAGGAAAGUGCCCAAGAAAUGAUGGAGGAGGAAGAAGAAAUACCAAAACCUAAGUCGGUGGUGGCACCACCAGGUGCUCCUAAGAAAGAACAUGUAAAUGUAGUGUUCAUUGGGCAUGUUGAUGCAGGCAAGUCAACCAUUGGAGGACAAAUAAUGUAUUUGACUGGAAUGGUCGACAAAAGGACACUUGAGAAAUACGAACGAGAAGCUAAAGAAAAAAACAGAGAAACUUGGUACUUGUCUUGGGCCUUAGACACAAACCAGGAAGAACGAGACAAGGGGAAAACAGUAGAAGUAGGCCGUGCCUAUUUUGAAACAGAAAAGAAGCAUUUUACAAUUCUAGAUGCUCCUGGCCAUAAGAGUUUUGUCCCAAAUAUGAUUGGUGGUGCCUCUCAAGCUGACUUGGCUGUACUGGUAAUCUCAGCCAGGAAAGGAGAGUUUGAAACUGGAUUUGAAAAAGGAGGACAGACAAGAGAACAUGCAAUGUUGGCAAAGACAGCAGGUGUCAAACACUUAAUUGUGCUUAUUAAUAAGAUGGAUGAUCCAACAGUGAACUGGAGCAACGAGAGAUAUGAAGAAUGUAAAGAAAAACUAGUGCCGUUUUUGAAAAAAGUUGGCUUCAAUCCCAAAAAGGACAUUCAUUUUAUGCCCUGCUCAGGACUGACAGGAGCCAAUCUGAAAGAGCAAUCAGAUUUCUGUCCUUGGUACAUUGGCUUACCAUUUAUUCCAUAUCUGGAUAAUUUGCCAAACUUCAAUAGAUCAGUUGAUGGACCAAUCAGGCUGCCAAUUGUCGAUAAGUACAAGGAUAUGGGGACUGUGGUCCUGGGAAAGCUGGAAUCUGGAUCUAUCUGUAAAGGCCAGCAGCUGGUGAUGAUGCCCAACAAGCACAAUGUGGAAGUUCUUGGAAUACUUUCUGAUGAUGUAGAAACAGAUUCUGUAGCUCCAGGUGAAAACCUCAAAAUCAGACUGAAAGGGAUUGAAGAAGAGGAGAUUCUUCCAGGAUUCAUCCUUUGUGAUCUUAAUAAUCUUUGUCAUUCUGGACGUACAUUUGAUGCCCAGAUAGUGAUCAUAGAGCACAAGUCCAUCAUCUGCCCAGGGUACAAUGCGGUGCUGCAUAUUCAUACCUGUAUCGAGGAGGUCGAAAUAACAGCCUUAAUCUGCUUAGUAGACAAAAAAUCAGGAGAAAAAAGUAAGACUCGACCUCGUUUUGUGAAACAAGAUCAAGUAUGCAUUGCGCGUUUGAGGACAGCAGGGACCAUCUGUCUGGAGACCUUUAAAGACUUCCCUCAGAUGGGACGCUUUACCUUACGAGAUGAGGGUAAGACCAUUGCAAUUGGAAAAGUCCUGAAACUGGUUCCAGAGAAAGACUAAGCAUUGUCCUGAUGACCCUGCACAAUACUGUGAGGAAUAUUGACUGCAAAAGCCUAUUCACACCGCCUUCUCUUAUUUUCUGCCCAUUGACAAACCUCUCCCCAUAUUUUGCAAAGAAAAUUCACAGCAAAAGUCCACAUUAUGUCAGCUUUCUCAUAUUGAGAGCUCUGCUAUGCCACUGUUGAAUUUUCCCCAAGAUUUUACCCCCAUUUCAAACUUUGCUUCCUUGGACAGAUUUGGCAAUAGCUUUGUAAGUGAUGUGGACAUAAUUGCCUACAAUAAUGAAAACCUACAGGAAUUUUUAUUUUUCAUUUUCCCCUUAGGCAUAGUUAGUUCUUUUUUUUUCCCCAGGCAGAUCAUUCUGAGUGUGCGAGUGUGUGUGCACAUGUUAAAAAGACAACUACCAUGUUAAUAAAAUAUUCAAUUUGAAACCCUUUUCGGUAUUUGAAUUGCUUUGGAAUACUGUUUUUUAUCUCAAUGUAACAUUGUUGCAUUAGCUUUUUAACUGCCAAGUAAUUGAAUACAUUUUAUUACUUGGAUUUUUCUAAACUCUCCCUACCCACUCACUUUAAAUGGGGCAUUUACAAACACUGUUCGAGUUUGUAUUAAAGGAAAGAAUUUGUUGUUUGAUCCCUUAUUUUGAUGGUUAAUGCAUACAUAAACACCUUUAUGCAGCUGCAGCACUAACUAAGUCUAUUCUUUUCUGCCAAUUUAUAUUUUAGUAUGAUUUCUUAAACACAGUAAGUUGUUUGGAAGCAAAUAGCAUUACUGUCAUCUUUAAGAGUACAAGCUUAAUGAAACUAUACCCUAGAGACAAUUCCAUUAGCUUGUUACAUUAAUGGAAUUCAUAGUAAAGAAAGCAUGUUGAAACUGGCGAACGCCCUUUAGUUUUUCUACGAGCUGCAUGCAUCUAGUAUAAAAUCCUAUCAGUUCACGUGCCAGUCCCACAAGUUACUUUGCAGUAACUAAAGGGUCGAAGAGCCUUGCUUCUUCAUGCCAAUUCUCAAUCCAUUGAUGAAUGUAGUCAUCACUCACUUCCCACACUAAAAUGAACAGUAACAAAUAGAAUCAAGCACAGGAUAGGUUUUAGCUCAAUUAUUUUGAGUUUUCUUAAAUAUAAGCUGUAAUUUACUAACCUUGACAUGGAUGAACCACAAUGCAGCAUGCUGUGGUGGUUUUAGUUCAGAGGGUGACUUUCUACACCAGCUGUCAUGUCUGAAGGUUUUCAUGAGAAUAAGUGGGACGUAGGAGAGACAGUUUCUGGGUUUGCCAGGGUCUCCAUGUUGAAUGUUUGCUUCCAUUUAUGAGAUUUGGCCUCUUUUACAUUGUGAUUCCUAAGAGACUUUUUAACUGUAUGUUUUUUGGUAUGGCCUAUUCCUGUAAUCUUGCUCCCCAGAAAAGAAAAGCCUAGCCAACUGUAUUUCCAGUUAGAAAACAAAAAACAAAAGUGUUUUUUUAACAAUGAAAUGCCAACUGCAGAGAUAAAUGAGUUGCUGUCUCAUGGACAGGGCUAAAGUAGAGCCCUCCAGCUUUGAACUACACAUAUGCUAUUAAAUUGCAUAAAAUUAAAUUUUAUAAUGUUUGCAAAUAUCUGGGCUUUUAUUUUUCUGUGACAUUUGGGAGCUCUAAUGAAAACAAAAUGAUUCUUUUUAUAUUUCCAUGCUAAUAAAAAUUAGCAAAUGCUUGAGUCUUAAUGAGUCUUUAGAAACUUUGAGUUACUAAAAUUAUUUCCAAAGACUUCCCUUUUGAAAUUAAACAUUUUUAAAAACAAGUUAUGUCUGCUAUUAAAACACAGUUAAGAAUGUUAUAUGCAUGUUGCCAAGAUUCUUAAGAGAAAUGACUUGGACAGCACUUAUGAAAGCCCUACCUCUACAAGAUAGCAUAAGUACAAAGGUACAAUAAAAAGUACAAUAAAAAUUUAUUGGAAUUAUAUCACAUCAACAGAAUUAACACUACAUAUUAGGGAAUUUGAAAUUUGAGAGAAGUAUCUCUAUUUAGACUUGAGGGAUUUGAAAAUAGUGGUUAUAUCAGAUUGUCAUUUGAAUAAGGAGAUUAAUGUCUGAAGUACUCUUGGAAUGUGUGCAGAUAUUGGAUUUCUAAAGAGCAAUACAGUUGUGUGCUAUCAUUCUGUCUUUGGCAAAUGUAAUAAGCUUUUUAUGUGUUGACAAUGCAAAAUAGGAUAACUAUAUAACACAUUCUGGGUAUUAAAAACUUUACUUUUUUCAGCUAUAUUUAACAUAGGCAUGUAGCAUCAUAUAGUUUGCCCCAUUUUACAUUAAUGAUCAUCACAUAACUUUUAUGCUAGGUUAUUUAAGUGAAUACACAGAAUUUUAAGUAAUGGCAUUUAAGAUAAUCUUAACUGUCAUCUUUUUCUAUGGAAGAGGAAAUACAAUAUUUUUUGUUUAUAUAUAAUUUGCUAUCCAACAGGGGGAAAAAAUCUCUAUUAGAUCCAAAUGACAAGAAUUUUGGCUAAGUGUAUACUGUCUGAAAAUCAAUGACAAAGUAACUGUAAAUGAUUAAACACAUUUUCCUCGUUUUUUAAUGAAAAGUCUUGAAGUACAUAAUUACAUGUAAAAACUUUGUAACUGAAGUACAAGCUAUUCACUGUAAUAAGGUAAUUAAUUCAUCAUGUCUGCUGUUUAUGAAAACCACUUAGAUCUACUAUACAGUGUGGGACUUCAAAAAUUACUUGGUUAACAGUUCCUGUCACCAGUUGAAGUGCUCCAAAUAUUUUGGCUUAUUCUUGGAACCAGAUGCAGUUUUAUAACUUAAGAAUCCAGGAUGAACAUGGGGGAGGGUCAGCUAUCCUCCCUCAGCUGUCUUCAUGAUCUUGGAUGGCUGUUACACAUGACAGCACUCUAGCACCUUUACUCACUGGCUGCUGCUCCAUGAAUGAUGACUUCAUUGCUUUGGGUAGAGAUUUAAGCAAUCAGGGACAAAGUGUAGCUUUCUGUGUUAGAAACUUCCAACCUUUAAACCAUUUGUGAAAAUUCCAGUUACAGUACUAUAUCUCUGACUGUAGAAUGAGUAGGUGUUAUAUUCAUUGUUGGCCUACCUUAUUAGAAUAAGCUGCAAUUAAUCCUCUCACAGAUCUAUAUGUAAAGUAGAUAGAUAGCGGUUAAUUGGGCUUGGGAGAUUAACUCCAAAUACUGUAUUUUAUUUCUUAAACUAAUUUUUCGGUGAUUCUAACAGAUGCCAUCUAACUAUUCAUGAUCUUGUUUCUUUAGAAAUCUUGCCACAGCAGUAACUUGGUAAAUACAUACAAUUAUAUAUGCACAAUUCAUGACUUUAUAGGUUUAAAUUUAACAAUUGAUUAAAUUAGAUUUCAUAGUAUGUGGAUAGAAAGUGUUAUUUUCCGGUAGUAAUUCAGUCUAUUGCAUUUGUACCAAUUUAUUGCUAGAAUUCAGAUAGGGUAGAUCUGAUACUUGAUGGUUUUGGUUCUGGGAUAUUCUUAAUUUUUAGAAUCCUAGAACUUAAUGAGUCUUCCCUUCAAUAAAUAUACUUCUCACAUACCUCUAAUCCAAUGCUUCCUUGAAACAGUAAUAUGCUAAUCACGUUGUUUACUAAGGAUUAUUAUGAAGGCAUGGAGGUAAUGAGAUAGAGAUUUCAAACUUGUUUUCCGGUGCAAGGGAAAGUAAAUAGGCACUAAGCCUGAUUAGGCAGAAAACAUGGAUUUCCACAGCAGUCCCAGAACAGUAUUGCUUUUUUCUGCCUUGUCAUACAUGCCACUGUGCCCUUUAAAUCUUGACCUGGAAACCUCAGGUUUGUGGACUGCACAGGCAGAUGGCAUUUUGUGCUUCUGAGGCUCCCCUCUGCUAGGCACGUUAGCUUAGUGCUUCAGAUGUCAGCCUGAGUCCUUGCUACCUCCUUUCCUGCUGCCCGGGGAAGAGUGUCUGUGCUGGAGCUGGGGCUCCGGCCCUGCUCAGGUGACGGUCUUCGCCUCCAUCUCUUCCACAUGCAUUAGGUGAAACAGGUCUGAGCCUGCAAGUCUGCAUUUAAAGGGACAUGUUGGGCUCUCGGAAAUGUAUACACUUCUUACCUAGUUUCUUCAGCUUGUUUGAAAGGAAAUGUGCAUCUCUCAAGUCAGGAUUUACUGACUAAUUUUUGCUGAACUGGUUAAUACCUAGAGCCCAUUUUAAAAGAAAACAAGAUUGAGAACUGGCUAGGUUUGAUGGGUUUUUAGCCUAAUUCCAAAGCAUGAAUGAGUGUUCUAGGUAGGAAAGAAACCCUUAUCUUAUGAUUUGUAGCUACCUACUGUGCCUGACUUGGUGCCUGUGUGAGGAUUACACCCUUAGUCUGCUCUUGCAAUUAUUCAAAUGACUGAAGUUUAAAAAUUUUGUUUUGUAACAAUAAAAAUUGUCAUUUUCCCUUUUGA